ACCUUCACUUUCUUGAUAGUGCCCUUUGAAGUACAAAAGGUUUUCAUUUUGGUGAAGUCCAAUUUAUUUAUUUUUUCUUUUGCUGCUUGUACUUUGGUGUCAUAUCUAAGUAUCCAUUGCCAAAUCUGAGUCAUGAAGGCUUACCCUUAUCGUACAUUUUUUUCCAACAGUUUUACAUUUUUAACUAUUUCAUUUAGCCCUUUGGUCAAUUUUGAGUUAAUUUUUGUAUGUGGUAAGAAGUAAGUGUCCACCUUCAUUCUUUCAGCUCUGGUGCUGGAGGCAGGGACAAAGGUGCACCUCUCUUUGAGUGACAGCACCCCUUUAGGAGCUGAGCCCUUGGCAGAGAGGGGCAGCGGUCCCAGGCCCCCAGGCUCGCCUCUGCCCAAGCAGUCAGGGCCCCAGUAUCCUCGGUGGCAGGGUGCCAAGGGUAGACCUCCAUCCUACAAGUGGGGGCUGGGCUAACAAAGGAAGCCCCUCCUCCCUGCUGUAUUUGAUUAGAGUUCAACCUCAGCAACAAGGAGCUGGGGGCAGGAUGAGAAAUAAUGUCCUGUCCAUCCAAAGUAGAUAACCCUCCCACUGGAGUUGACGGGAGAGGAAGCCCUGUGUUCGAGGCUGCACCAUUGUGGAACGGAGUCUCUCCCUUGCCGAGAUGGGACAGAAGCAGGGAAAGAGGGAGCGGGUCUUGGUUCAAAUACCGCAGACUCUCAGUUUCCUUACGGAGUUUUAGUAAAUUUUCUUGAAUAAAUGUUUCUUUAUUUGUUGUGUACCCUUAGGGCCAUUCCAGAGAUUUAAAUAAAAAAACAAAAACAAAAACAAUUUUCACCAGUUUCGCUGUGGGGUGGGGGUGGGUACAGAGUGCACCUCACUGUCAGGCUGCUGUAGAUUCUUUUUUGAAAACUCCAAGUCAGCGACUGUGGGCAAUGAAAAACCAGAAAACUCAAACCACAGAAUAACUCAUUCUAUAUAUAUUGAUUAGAUAUCAGCUAUUAAAAUGGCUCAGAGCUAAAAAUGGAAGGAGUUCUGCAUUGGCAGACGUACUACUAUCCAUAAGCUUUAGGAAGUGUCUACUAUAUGUAAGGUAUAAAAAUAUAAGAUAAAAAGCUAAAAAUCUGUUUUGGAAAUUAGGAGAUUUUCAUGAAAAAGAGAACUAAUAAACCAAAGCAGCUAUACUAAAUUCCCGGGGAAAAAUACUCCAGUUUUUCAUAGGCAUGAGAAACUAUCCAGGACUGGAGUGAGUGGCCAAGGAGGAUUUCUGUGGGGGAAGAGUUGGCUGGGGCACGUUUGGAGGUGAAGGUAGGCUUCAGCUGGAUGGGUGGGCUCGGGGUAGGGCACAUUCCAAAGCAGAAGUGCUAAAAUGGGAUUGCAUUUAGUAUGUUUGAGAAAUAAUGAGUGGACCUGCCUAGUUGCUGGAAGGUCUAUAUGAAGAGAUUAAGUGAGAAAUGAAGUGAUGACCAAAAAGCAGGGGAGAGGAGAGGGCUUUGGUCUUUGGGACUAUGGAGUCUGAACCCUAUUUUGUAGGCUGCUGAGAGCAAUGAGUGCUUUUUAGAGGAGGGACUUGGGCAAAGAGAUUUUAGGAAAAUGACUUUGUGUGUAGCGUGUAGUUGGAAUGAAGUGUGUGUGUGUGUGUGUGUGUGUGUGUGUGUGUGUGUGUGUGUGUGUAAGUGCGCACGCGCAGAGUCCGGAAGCAAGAAGACAGACUAGUUUUAGACUGUUACAAAGAAAUGAAGGUCUGGAUUAAGUGAAGAAGGCGGGAAUGGAAAGGAAGUGUUUGGUGGGUGGUAACAUAAUCAGGACCUCAAUAUGCGGCCAAUUGUUUCCACCAAAAAUAAUACUAGAAUACAAGGUGACAUGGGCUGAUUUAGCAGUUUGAGUUACUAUAUAUAUUUUGAUGGGUUUCUCAUGCAGUAUCUAUAGUUAAAUGAGGUCUCUUUAUUUUUGACUUCUCACAUAUUUUUCUUCCCUCUUCUUAUUACUUCAAAUUCCUCUUCUCCACAGUUUGCUUUUGCUUUGAUUUCAAAUUAACCUCUUAUAUGUAUUUGCAGGAGGAAACCAAGGGGUGCAACAAUGGCACGGAUCGUGGAUGGUUUCAAGGAUGAGUUUCUUCCCUUGAAAACAGCUAUCCGCGUAGAAAUGGGAGGCACGUGGCCAACUCUGGCUUUUUAGCAGGUCUAACAUGACCUUCAAAACUCCUUAGGACACGCCAGUCUCCUGCGAGGCUGCAUCUCCCAUUAGGCUGGCAGGUUCUCCUGCGGCCGCCUGGAUGUGUUGGCUCCGGGUUGUGAAAAUAGAGUUGACCAAACAGUACAAAAACAGACAAAAAACAAACCAGAAACCCCCAUGCCUUACCAUGGCGGGCUGAUGAGUGAAGUCGUGCAAGGAAGGUUCUGCUCGUGCCCUUUUAAAAUUCCAGUGCAACACACACACACACACACACACACACACACACACACCCCCGCGCGCGCCCGGUCGGCUCUUCCCACUCCCUGCCACACUGCACCAGCGUCCCUCCCCAAGUCCUGAUUCAUGAACCGUGCCACCUUUGUCUCAUUUGAAACUGUGCAGACUAUUUUAAUCCUUCCACCCCCACCCCAGAUUCCCCCCCUCUCCAUCCUCUGGAAAGCUCUGAUGUAAGGCGCUCGCUAGGUGGGGGAGCGCUUCUCCCGGUCGGCUCGGGUAGGCGAGAUCCCCAGAAGCCCCCUCCGCGGGACCUCUGCCUGCCGGGCCGUGACCCGGGUACCCCGUUGCGGGCGCGGGAGAAGCGCCUUGGUCCCUUUAAGGUGUCUUGCUCUCCGAGGUGCGGGCAGGGAGCCCGGGAGCCGGGGCGGGUCUCGCUGCCGCCCUCCUCUCCUCCCGCUCCCCGGCCUCCGGGGGCCUGCCCGCCCUCCCUCCGCCCGCCGCGCGCCGGCCCGCCAUGCGGCUGUGAACCAUGUCCUCCUCCUACGCCAAGAACGGGCCGGCCGACGGGCCGCACUCCCCCACCGCUCAGGUGGCCCGAGGCACCACGACCCGGAGGAGCAGGUUGAAAAGAUCCGAUGGCAGCACCACUUCGACCAGCUUCAUCCUCAGACAGGGUUCAGCGGAUUCCUACACGAGCAGGCCGUCUGACUCCGAUGUCUCUUUGGAAGAGGAUCGGGAAGCGAUUCGGCAAGAGAGAGAGCAACAAGCCGCUAUCCAGCUUGAGAGAGCAAAGUCCAAGCCUGUAGCAUUUGCUGUGAAGACGAACGUGAGCUACUGUGGCGCGUUGGAUGAGGAUGUGCCUGUUCCAAGCACGGCCAUCUCCUUUGAUGCCAAGGACUUUCUCCACAUUAAAGAGAAAUACAACAAUGAUUGGUGGAUAGGAAGACUGGUGAAAGAGGGCUGUGAGAUUGGCUUCAUCCCAAGUCCACUUAGACUGGAGAAUAUACGGAUUCAGCAAGAACAAAAAAGGGGACGUUUUCACGGAGGGAAAUCCAGUGGAAAUUCUUCUUCAAGUCUUGGAGAAAUGGUAUCAGGGACAUUUCGAGCAACACCCACAUCAACAGCAAAACAGAAGCAAAAAGUGACGGAGCACAUCCCUCCUUAUGAUGUUGUGCCAUCCAUGCGUCCGGUGGUGUUAGUGGGGCCGUCACUGAAGGGUUAUGAGGUAACAGACAUGAUGCAGAAAGCCCUCUUUGAUUUCCUGAAGCACAGGUUUGAUGGGAGGAUAUCAAUAACAAGAGUGACAGCUGACAUUUCUCUUGCUAAGAGGUCUGUCCUAAAUAAUCCCAGCAAGCGAGCAAUAAUUGAACGUUCGAACACUCGGUCCAGCUUAGCGGAAGUGCAAAGUGAAAUUGAAAGAAUCUUUGAGUUGGCAAGAUCUUUGCAACUGGUUGUUCUUGACGCAGACACCAUCAAUCACCCAGCACAACUUAUAAAGACUUCUUUAGCGCCAAUUAUUGUUCAUGUUAAAGUUUCAUCUCCAAAGGUUUUACAGCGGUUGAUUAAAUCUAGAGGAAAGUCCCAAAGUAAACACUUAAAUGUUCAACUGGUGGCAGCUGAUAAACUUGCACAAUGCCCCCCAGAAAUGUUUGAUGUUAUAUUGGAUGAAAAUCAGCUGGAGGAUGCGUGUGAACAUCUGGGAGAGUACCUUGAAGCAUACUGGCGUGCUACCCACACAACCAGUAGCACCCCCAUGACCCCUCUGCUCGGAAGGAAUUUGGGCUCAACCGCACUGUCACCAUACCCCACAGCAAUUUCUGGGUUACAGAGUCAGCGUAUGAGGCACAGCAACCACUCCACAGAGAACUCUCCAAUUGAAAGACGAAGUCUAAUGACCUCUGAUGAAAAUUAUCACAAUGAAAGGGCUCGGAAGAGUAGGAACCGCUUGUCUUCCAGUUCCCAGCAUAGCCGAGAUCAUUACCCUCUUGUGGAAGAAGAUUACCCUGACUCAUACCAGGACACUUACAAACCCCAUAGGAACCGAGGAUCGCCUGGGGGAUAUAGCCAUGACUCCCGACAUAGGCUUUGAAUCUGCAGAAGCAAACAAAAAAUUCAUCUGUUGACAAUUUGCCAUAGCACUGCUAGGAUAAACCAAUCAUCUUAACUUGGCAAGUACAGCACAGUGUUUCCUGUGCUUGUGGGCUGCUGUCAUUUGAUGCUAGGUAAGGGGCAAAAAAAAAAAAACCAACAAAAAAACAUUAUGCCCUUAAGUCGAGAUGGUUAUUAGAUGCCCAGUCAUAUAGAUAUUUUUAAGCGCGGCAUUUACAUAACAGUACCUUUUGUUUUCUUCAUUAGAUUUAGACACAUCGAUUUGUAAUUUAGGGUACUUAUCAAGGCACAUAUAAAAUAAUUUCCCAUGCUGGAAAUUCCAAAUGACCAGUUCCAGUUGGAACCAAUUUAUAAACCAAUUCCUGUUGGAAUUUGGGUGAAUCGACUAGAAAGUCUACUUGAGCAUGUUGUAGUCAAUUUAAAAAUCUGAAAAAAAAAACAAAAAAACCAAAAACCUAAUUAAUGAGAAAAUCAAAAUACCAAAAGAAGCCAAAACCAGGUAUGGUUUUAUUUGCUGGAAGCUAAAUUUACAUUUAAAGUCGGAAUGUAUAAACAUUUUAAUAUAUGUUAACAUUGCCAGAAUGGCUUUCAAACUCACCAAAAGUAUUGAUGAUGCCAAAAAAAAAAAGUCUCCAAUUAAUGCAGAAAUUAUUCACUCUCCUCAGAUUUUAAUAUUUUUGUUUCUUUCCUGGCACAGCUGUUGUAUUCAAAGUGUUUUGCUUUGUGUUUAGUCACUACUGUUAGCUUGUCUGAAGUUGGCAAAAAACAAACAAACAAACAAACAAACAAAAACCCUCAAAAUUUCUUUAGCAGUGAGAGAGAAUAAUAUAAAGAAGCCCAAUCAUAGCUGGUCACAGGAAAUGGAAAAAGAGGAGUUGUUUCCCCUUUACUCAAUCUGAGCAUAACUACAUACACAACAACAUCCAGGAAUCCGAAGUCAGACAGUAAGGAUGGGCACAGAGCCUCCUGAGUGCGAAGCUAAACAUCUCCAGAUGGGAAUUCAUCUGUCCAACUUACCACAAACAUGGGGCCCGUGUUUCCUGCCAGCACAGUUGCAUAUCUUUCCAUUGCUUCAUUCAGUCUCUGUCUUUGAAUAUGUGAAUGUUCUAGCCCUUCCCCAAAUUCUUUAUAAUCAUGCUAAGGACUUGUUUUACACGGAAACAUUCAAUUUUGAUAUUGAGAGCUGUGUUUAUACAAAAUAAUGAAAUGAAAAAUGUGAAAACAAAAAUGAGAUGAACUUAAAGGCUUGCAAUAUAAAGCAAACUCACAGAUUCAGAGUAUAUCUGUUCACUAAAAUUAUAGCAUUUUUACUGACGAGAAUUAUAAAGAAUUUGGAGAUUGAGCUGCCUUAUUUCUAAUGAACACUCCUCUUCACCUGUGAAAUCUUCACAGUUUUUUCCAGUGGCUGUAAUUACGAAAUUGGUGACCUUCUGUCUUAUAUUAUCAAGGAAGCCUUAGAUUCACUAUGAUCCAAGGAAUUACUGAAAAUUGACCCUUUUAUAUAUUAUACAAAUAUCUUUCAGAAAAGCCUCUUGUUUCUAAAAAUCCACAAUGCAUGCAUUUUUCUAAAGCCCCCAAAGGACCAGGCAUAAAAAUCCCUUUGUAUUGGUACAUGUCACGAAGACUGUAUUUUGAAAACAAUGAUAAUUGAUUUCUAUUACCUUAUUUUCUUCCCAAGCCUUUCAAUAUUUAGGCUUUCAAAGCAUGCACCAGUUAAAUAAUCUUCCUCGCCAUGAAAACAAGUUCCAAUUUCUUGAUCAGUUAUACGUCUCUUGACGCCCAUGGUGACCUCCCACAUUCUCUCUCCUCCUCCUGUUCACUGUGCAUACUCCAUUAUGAACCUGUUUAGCUGAUGAUGGGGAUGCCUAUAAUUAUGUAAGUUAUUUCACAUAUUUGAUACAACUGAAAAUAUGGGCUCAGUAAAUUCUAAAAGUUAACAUGUGAUAUUGGCUUGUGAGUUCUUUUGUCAUCUAAUGAAGCUUACAGAACUUUCAGUUAAGACAUUUCAAAGAGCUGUAUUCAUUAGGCACUUUAAUAAACAUAUAACCUGCCAUUACUGAAUACUUUGUUAGAACAAAGAAGAGCAUUUUCCAGCAAAUGAAAAUAUAUUUAUUACAUGUACAGCACAUAUUUGCAUGAGAAAGAGAACAUUAGCCAAAACAUUUUUCUAUAUGCUUUACUGGUUUCUUGUUUGUGCGCAUUCAAGUAUUUAAUUGCAAAGAGUGCAUCAAGGUGAUAAAUUUAGACUAGACAGCUGUUCAGCUUUUUCUGUAGUAGCAUUAGCAAUCUGGUCAUUUAACUACUUUAAGAUAUUUACAUUUUAUGGCAGGUAGCUGCAACAGCAUUUACAUAUAUUUCCUAGUCAGCAAGAUUACCAUAUUCUUUCAACUUUUGAAAAUCACUUGUUUUUAAAAACCUCUCAAAGCCUUGUUUCUAAGUCUCCCAUGUCAUAUGCUAAUAAAGAGAGGUCCGUUCAAUAUCUGUGCACAGAACCAAUCUGUCGUUUACCAUCAAGUGUCUGUACCUGUUUUGCUUUGCAUUCUUAUUCAAAAGCUAACAAUCUUGGAAGGGGUAUAAAGUAUAUUUUCUUGAUGGAUAUAUUUAAAUUUUUACUUUGAUUUGGCAUAUUCUUGUCAUUCCUUUUGUAAUUAACAAGUUUAUCUUCUCCAAAUGAAAAAGAAAUAUGCAUUUCCUUUUUUUUAAGUGUUAGAGUUUACUGUGUAAAUGAUACUUAAAUACACAUAUAUACUAAAUGAAAGUUUUAUUUUUGCCAAGCAUAUCAAGCACCUUUGAAAAAUACAUAUUCCUCAAAUACUUUGUUUUUAACUGACUUCAUUUCAAAAUAGCAAAUGAUAAGCAGGAGAAACAAGUCUUACAAUGUUUUAAGUCUGUUUUAACUUGUAGUAUAAAUCACAUAUUCUGUAACUUCAGUAUAUAUAUCAGAAUAUGUAAAUUACAUAUUCUGUAAUUUCAGUCUGCGAACAUGUAACAUUGUAGACACAUGUGACAAUGUGGAAAUGUAGUUCUGGAAAAAAGGGAAUGCAAUUUGUCAAUCCUGAUGUUAAUUCUCAAGGCAAUGUGACUCCAAUAUUAUAAUCAACAAUGUUAUCUUGUUUACACCAAUAUUUAAAGCAACACUUGGAAAUGUUUAUAAAUGACUGAUUAUUCUCUCUUAUCUUUAUACAGUUCUAUUGGAAAGAAAAUUGAAAUUAACAAUUUAGACUGAUAGUCUUUCCUAAUAAGAGAGUCUUAAUUAUGUGACAAUAUGUCAUUGCACUUAGUCCUUAAUGAAAUGAACUUUUUAAAUAUAAAACAAAUUCUAAGAAAAUUAUUUGUUCCCUUUGAGUAAUUUGUUAAUUACUUUAAUUAUUAUUGUCGUUGUUUGCAAAACGUAUUUUUGGAAUGUUAACCUCUUUUCAUACCUGCAUACUUGAACUUGUCUUUUGUGUGGGGGCCUUAAAAUUCAUACUAGGAAGCUAGGUCAGUGAAAGGGAGGGAGAGAAAGAAAUUAUGCCAAAAGGUGGUUUGCAAAUUUAAACUCUGAAUGAACAUAUCACAAAAUGCUGUUGAGACCCAGGAUGUCAGUUAAGAAUGUUUCUAGGCAACUUUAAUUUGCAUGCUAGUGUGUUUUUUCAGUUAUACAAUUUUAUUUUGGUAUUUGCUAAAAAAUAAAAAUGAUGUAAUGCCACUAUAGAAAUUGCCCUAUAUAUUAAUAUUUAUACUACCUCUUCUCUAGAGAAGACAGUCUGUCUUUAAGGAGAAAAACAGUUUUCAAUAAGUAGUGAUCAAAUUUAUUACUCUUACUGCUAACCCAGCUGCAAAACUAAAAGCAUAGAUUCUUAAAAUAUACUUUCCCUUUAAAUUUUAAACUGUAUCCAAAAUACUCUUGUCACCCUUCAUUUCUUCCAUGUUAGUGAAGUUUUCUUUGAAUUGGUUCACAUUUUACCAGCACACGAAGUUAAUUUAAGAAAUCAGUCAUCAGAGGGAAUAAAAUAAUCUGCAAGGGAAUUGCCUUUGUGUGAAAUUUGUUAUAAUAUCUAGCUCUAAGCCUGCAAGGAUAGAUCCAGAGACUUGAUAUUUAAGUGCAGCUGGUUUGAAAAUUCAAAUUUUGAUCCUUAAUGUCUCCCGUGGACAGCCAUUUACUAGGUGAGGGUAUGCAUUAUCUUGGACUCCCAUGUCAUUGGAGCAAAUUCCAUAUAAAUGUUUUAAAUAAAUGGGAAUGUACCCCUCAUUUCUUUUAUAUUUCUGCCUUUGUGUUUCAUGACAAUGUUGCCUGUUGUUUUCUUUUUAAUUAUAUAAAACUCAUCUUUGGAUGACUACAUGAAUGAAAACAGAGCAAAUUAUGUAAUAAAAUUUGUUUUAUUAGUUCCUCAUACCUUUAAAUACUGUUAAUACUUUGUUACUGAGUUACUUACUCAAAUUGUGUCUAUAGGACAAAGAGCAGGCCUCCUCUUUUAAAUGAUAAUUAUGAGCAAACCAGUCAAUAAGAUAGUUGUCUGCAGACAAUAAGGAUAACUUUUUUGUUGUUGACUUAAGCAGUCAAGUUAGUCAAAAUAGUAAAACUGGCUCAAAUGGGCAGAGAGCUACAGCAUUCAAAAAUCACUUUUUAAAGAUUUAUUCUUUUAUUAAAAUGAACUUUCUCCAAUGAAAUACAUCUUCUUUUGGCAACUAUCUUUAUCUACUUGUGGAUCGUUUAAUCCCAAAUGCUUCCUGUAAUUGAGGGACAAAAAAGACGAUUAUAAAAUAUCUCAUCAGAUAAUCUUGAACAAGGGCUGUAACUCCCAUUUACCGUGAAAAGCAUAUAAAUAAGAGUGAAUAACAAGACUGUUGGAGAGUCAGGGUAACAUAUAAAAAUUUUCCUCUGUUUCUUGUGACGUAUGUAAAGCGUUUGCUGAAACAUGGUAGAAAAUGUUACCAAUGAAUUUAGAGUGGUCUGGGGUGUAUGCUAAUGCAUCCUCUUUGAAAAUUAGGAGUUAAAAUGAGAGCUAUGUGAGAACCCAAAGUGGCUGGCCUCUAGCUUUUCAAUUUUGUAAGUGUUCUUAGUUAUGUUUUGAACACUCAAAUUUCUCAACAAAUGGCUAUGUCUAUAUUUAUGUAAGGGCCACUCUUGCCCUACUUGCAUGCCAUUUUCACACACUUUUAACUGAAGUCAGUGUGAAUUCCGUAUGCAUAAGGGAUGUAUUAAAGAUACAGGAUCGUUAAUGCUAUAUUGUUGCAUACUAUUUUUCAUAUGCCUUACGAUAUUUUCUGGGACGUUAUUAAAAUGAAAGCAUUUUAUUGCCAAAAUAAAUCUAUGUUGUUACUUCUAAUCUGCAUUAGCAGUAGAAAAAUAAAUAAUGUAGCAAAACAUAUAUUGUACAGUACAAAAUUAUAAAAGAUAUAUAUUUUGCCAAUAAUAUGAAAAUAGAUUGAGGAGAAAGAAGCACAUUUGUUAUAGCACAAACUUAACAAAAUCCACUGUUAAAUCUGGCAGUCGUAUUUUUAAAAAAUAUAUAGAUUUAAUUCUAAGUUUUAUCAGAUUUAUUUCAUCUACCAUCUUUUUAACUUGCUGCUUGAUACUUUUCCAGCAAUUUACUUCAUAGCCUUGCAACCUGUGGAUGUAAUUUCUUUUAUUUUAUUCCCUUGCAUAAAACUUAUUAAAUGUUAUUUUGUGAUAAAAUUCAUAUUAUAUUUACUGUUCUUAUUUCUGCUCCUUCAGUAACAACUACAAAAAGUAUGGCAAGUGAGCUCAUAGGGCUCCUCUGAAUUUUGGACAUACUUGAAAUGUUUUCUAUUUUUCACAGCCUAAAGUCAGAACAAUAAAUACAAAUGUCCCAACAACAACAAAAAAGUAUUUAGGGAUUCUUCAAUUUGUUUUGUACUGAAUACUAUUUUGAAACAUGAGUUAAAGCCAUUAGUUGUUUUUUUGACUGGGUGGCGGGAGGGAAAAACAUACGUUUAUUAACACUAAAAAUAAACAUGGCAAAUUGAUGUAAAAAGAUUUUCCCUACUAUUCUGAGGGCUGUUGAUAUCCCAAGCUAUUGCUAUAUCUCCAGCUACUAAGUGGAAAAAAAUAUAUAUUGCCUUUGUUAAAUAAUGUUUUUUCUUUCUUUAAAUUUUAGUUAUUUAUUUUAAAAAUUUACCCCCUUUUAUUUUUCUUAUAUAGGUAAAUGUGUAGCAUUCUACAAGGCAUGCUGGGUAAAAUAUACUAUGCAAAUGUGUACAGUGCUGCAUGUUUUGUUCUCCCUCUGCUUUUGUGGCUUUAAAGAAAAAAAUGUGUUGUUAUUUUUGUGAAGAAAAACAUUUAACAGAGAAAAUGCAGAGUGCAUGCAUAGAGUAUCCUAAUUUCUAUGGAUUUGUUUUAUGGAAUUUAAAUGUGUAUAAAUCAACUGCAUUAAUUUUUUCUUUUAUAUAAUAAAUGAGAAAACACUGAAAUCAGCCUUA